AUGGCUUCUAGAGAGUUGGCUGUUGGACUCGUCUUCCUGUUCCAGACUGCAGUGGGCAUCCUGGGCAACUCUACCUUCCUCUGCUGUGCUGUGCUCAGUGACCUCGCUGGGAACAGGGUGAAGCCCACAGAUCUGAUUCUCAGGAACCUGGCCUGGGCCAACUUCAUGGCUCUCCUCUGUAAAGGAGUCCCUCAGACAAUGGCGGCCUUCGGCCUGGAUAAUUCCCUAGAUGACGUCGCUUGUAAACUUGUCUUCUAUUUCCACAGAGUGGCCAGGGGGGUAUCGCUUGGCUCCACAUGCCUCUUGAGUAUCUUUCAGGCCAUCACCAUCAGCCCCAGUAACUCCAAGUGGGCGCAGCUCAGGGUCAGAGCCCCCACGUUCAUCCGGCCCUCCCUGUGCCUGUGCUGGGUCCUGCACCUGCUGGUGAACGCCCGGAUUCCCAUCAAUGUGAUGGACAUAAGGGGCGGGAGAAAUCUCACUGGGGUGAGGGAUUUUGGUUAUUGUGCUGUCAGAAGUCCCAGGAGACAAUUUGCUACAUUUUAUUCAGCCCUGUUGGCCUCCACUGAUAUCCUGUGUUUGGGACUCAUGAUGUGGGCCAGUGGCUCCAUGGUAGUUGUCCUGUCCAGACAUAAGAAGAGGGUCCAGCACAUCCACAGGUCCUUGCCUUCCAGGUCUGUUCCUGAGAGCAGGGCCACCCACAGCAUCCUCGCCCUGGUGAGCAGCUUUGUGCUCUCGUACUUGACCUCCGCCAUCUUGAGCACAUACAUGGCUCUCCUGGAAGAAUCCAUGAGGUGGUUGGUCCACACCAAUGUGGCAAUGGCCGCAUGUUUGCCAGCCUUCUGUCCCUUUCUGCUCCUUGGUCACUACACCUCAGUUUCCAGGCUCUACUCUGGAUGCUGCUGUCAGUGGACAAUCUGUCCAGGCACAGUCAGAGAGCUCUAA